AUGGCUGCCGAUAAACUGAAACCCGAGACGGUCGAGCAGGAAAACGGUGGAUAUGAUACUUACGGAUCGAAGCCCAGCGCUGGGCAGAGGGUGAAAGCCCAUCUUAAGAGACGGUGGUGGGUGCAUCUGAUCAUCUUCCUCCUUAUCGUAUUGCUUGUGGUCCUCUUAAUAAUCUUCGUCGCCUUUCCUAAAAUCGCUCAAAAGGAAGUCAACAAGGCCGAGGUCGUGUUGGUAUCCGAAGUCGUCACUGACCCUACGCCUGAUUCGGUCCAAUUGAAGCUGGUGUCUCGGGUGUUGAGUGAUAGCAAGUAUCAUCCGAAAAUCGACGCCUUCGAGGCUGCGCUUUAUCUGGAGGACACACUCCCUGAUAUCAUUCCCUUCGUCUACGUCACCAUCCCGGAAAUGAUUAGCAAGAGUGACGUGACCGCGGUCGUCGAACAGCGUGUCACUAUUGCGAACCAGGAGCAGUUUGCCCGCUACAACAAGUUGGCCUUGGCGAGUGAAAAGUUUAACAUUGGUCUUCAAGGGAGGCCAAAGAUCCACGUCGGAAAAUUGCCGGUCACAACCGUCGAUUUCAACAAAAUCGUAGAAAGCAAAGGCCUCAACGGACUCGCCGGUUUUAAGAUUGAGAGCUUCGAAAUCAAGCUCCCUGCUGAACCUGAUGGAAGCAACAUGGUCGGCACCGUUUUCAUCCCGAACCCUUCACCCCUCGACUUCACAAUGGGCGAUGUCACCUUGGACAUCUUUGUGGCUGGCAAGCUCAUCGGGAACUCCACCCUUGCCAAUCUCCAUAUCGCUCCUGGCGAGAAUCGCCUCCCCCUUCGUUCUAUUGUGGAGCAAACCGAAGUUAUCUCCUUGGUUACCAGCACGUACCAGGACGGUAUGCUUCCGGUCGACAUCGUUGGCAGAAGCGCUGUAGACAAAGACGGCCAACAUCUCACGUACUUCGAGGAGGCUUUGAAAGGAAAUUCCAUGCAUACCGAACUCAAUGUGGGCGAAGCCCUAACGAAGAUGGGCAUCGACCUAAACGCAUUGACAAGUGGCUCGGGCUGA